CCCCACAGUGGAGUCAGUGAUUGUCACUGUUGUGGUAUGUGGCAGGUCGUUGGAAGGAGAUAGCAGAGGGUCUGGAGUUUGAUGAGGAUCUGAUUGAUGAGAUAGACACCAACAACGACAUGAAUGAGGGCUGUCUGCACCACUGUGUGGAGAUCUGGGUCACCAACCUACAGCCAUCCUGGGAGAAACUCUCUCAUGUACUGAAGGAACUGGGGGAGGAGGAACUGGCCCGUCAGGUCUUGAAUAAAGGCCAGAAUGAUGCUGCUAAUGAUCAGGUGGUUUCAUAUCAGGAUAAUACCAGGGAUGGUGGUGAGAUGGUUCUCAAAGUUCGGCAGCGCCAUAUCACCAACAAGAAAAGGAAUGAAGGAUCCAACGUGAUGACGUAUUUGGGACAAUGUGCCAGACCAGCAGCUCCUUUUCCACAAGAUGUAAAAGACCUGGAAAAGAAUAAUCCUGAUAGUGGAAUGGUAGAGCCUAGCUCACAGGAGCUGAAAGGAGGGACCACACCUGAACUGUGGUCAACUGACAGUGGGGGCGGCAAGGAAAUGUUAGCAGGGGAGGGAGGGAGUGAUGGAGAAGGGGAAGUGGCAGGUGGUGAGGGCCAAACUGGGGGAAUUGUGAAUGGACAUCAGGAGGGAGGAGUUGGUGGGGGAAAGCCGUCUCGGGGCAGUGACAGUAAAGUUGUGACUGGGGUAGAGGAGACAGUGUUCUACACAUACGAUAGCGAGGCUGGGAGCAGAAAAGGAGAGAAUGUGGUGCCACCAGAUGAUUGUUCAAGUGAUGUGCAGUAUGACAGAUCAACCUUUACUGUUAUCGAGGAGAGCCCUAUCAUUAGUUGCUCUGACAAGGAAGAGAGUGGGAUUAUCAAGCCAUGCACAGUUGUUCCUUUAAUGGUCUCCAGCUCAGAGGAAGAAAAAUGUCAGGAUUCAACGCAAUCAACUGUUUUAUGUAUAAUGCACUACAUUUUCAAUUUUCCCCUGGGAAAUGAAGCCCUUAUAUACCUAUACAUGUGCCCUUUCCCUGGAUGCAAAUCCAAUCAAAAGCCAAGUUUUUGUGUUUGCACGCAGAUGUUUCAAUGCCCACCCAACAAGAGUUUCAUCUGGAAUAUUUUAUGCCCUACAGCAUGUUUUGCAUACCCUACUUUGGCAGUAUAUCAAGUAACGUGCAAAGAAGUUUAUCCAGUGAACAUUGUGGAAGAUAAUGCAGACUUUGGUGAAAUCGUGACUGGUGUACAGGGAGGUGAAGACUGUCAUCCUCAGUUCAUCUGCCCUCAGAUUUCACAUCCUUACUCUGACAUCAGUUCCCAGGCUAGAGGAAGGGGGAUUUUCACAGGAGAGGUCAAAGCCCCUAAACAGAAUGUUGAUGGGUUUUAUGGAACGGAGAGUUACAGAGAAGUGGACAAUUGCAGAGACAUAAAUGAUGACUGUUGUGAUGAGCCAGUAUUUGAGAGCAUGGAAUGCAUGGAUAGUUUUGCCGGGAAGCCACUAUACCCUUUGUUCACAUAUGGGUUUUCUGAAGAAGGGGUAAUGGUGACUGGAGUCAUGAAUGACAUCCCUAGUGAGGAACCAACCCCACAUUUACCAGAGUCCCCGAAUCAACCUCUACCAGCAGUGGCCAGAUCUUUUUUUCCUUGGAUUCGUCCCAGCUUCUUUUACCUGAGAAAAGCCAUCAAGAGGACAGAAAAACUUUUUGAGCCUCUCAUGAACAGAAUCUUCCGACCCCUGAAACGGCCAGGGUACCCCUUCCCAUCCCUGGAUCUACCUCUGAAGACCAGCUCUCAGCAGCCGCAGGGGCAGGGGAGCAGCAGUCUUCCCACACCAGCUAGAGUGCUUCCAGCAUGGCUCAGGGAAUUGAUGGCAGCCAAGCAAACCAACUGGCCGGACCCUCCAGAAAACUACCACAAGAUCGUGAAGUGGAUGUACGCUGGAGUGGGGUUCAAUGGACCUGGAAAACUGAUGAACUUUGGAAGCUCACCCAUUGUAGGGUGAGCUUUCUUCAGCAGCCUUGGCUGCUGGAUUUUGCUGUUAUGAAGGAGCCUCUCCUGAUGUCAGUUAUCAUUUAAAAAAAGGUGUCUUGCUGCCUCAGCUAUUAUGUUACUUGUUUUGUGACAAGUGCAUUUUUCACAAUGCAUUUCAUUUAUAUUUUUAUUGCCAGUAAAUUGGAUUUUGCUCCACGAGACCACAGCAGCACGUACGCCUACAUACACAUGCACUCAUGUGUUGUUCUUUAUUGGUGUAGGUCCCUCCUUUUUCAUGACACUACGUCCUUUUUGGUAUACACUAAUGACAUUAUUGAGGGAUUAUUAGUGUAACACCUUAGAUAAGACAAACCAGACAGAAUUGUAGAACUUAACCCUGGGCUAAGCUUUAUGUGCUAAUAUACCAUUGUCCCACUGAUUCACCAUGUCCAUCUUAAGUACUACUGUACUUAGUGAUAUUAUAUAGCACGCGUGGAGACACGGGUUGUAACUAUAUCUAAGACUACUACU